GGCGUACCUUCUAAUGAAAUAUUUGCCAUAUUGUCCAGUAUUCCUGAGGCUGAAAAAUUUGCUAACUUCUGGAUCUGCAAAGCAAAGUUGUUGGCAAGUACAAGCACUUUUGAUGUUAUUGGGCUAUACGAAGAGGCCAUUAAAAGUGGAGCAACACCAAUACAAGAGUUGCGGAAAGUUGUUCUUCAUAUUUUGCAAGACCCAAGCCGAAACACAGAAGGAAUUACUCCAGACUCUUUAGGUGCUGAAACUAAUAUCAAAUCAAUGGAGGAAUUGGCCAUGAAGAUGGAAUGUGGGCAGGCUUAUCUUCCUCAAGAAGAAAGGGCACAGGUUACAGCAACACCCCAAGUAACCAAGGCAGAGCAGGAUAAUCAUCCUGGUAUCAAAUUACAGAUUGCCUCAAUCCCUAGAAUGAAUGGAAUGCCAGAAGUGCAAGACAUGAAGCUAAUUACUCCCGUAAGGCGCUCCACAAGGAUUGAGCGAGCAGUGUCCCGCUACCCAGAAAUGCUACAGGAACAUGAUUUGGUAGUGGCUUCUCUUGACGAGCUACUAGAAGUGGAAGAAACAGAGUGCUUUAUUUUCCGUAAAAACGAGGCCUUGCCUAUAACAUUGGGGUUUGAGAUCCUUGAAUCAUAAUUUCCUGUUUCAGAACCUCCAAGAAGUAAGGUAACCUGAAAAAAAUGUAUAAUGUUCAGAUGUUGUGGAUGCAAAUUAUGGACCCUAGGAAUUGAGGAAGUGAGUCACUGGGUUUUCUCUCAAAUUUUAUGUCUGCACAGGAGAGUUUUUGGUUUAUAUGUUUAAGACUGAUUUGUCACAGUU